AGUUCCCAGAAGCACUCUGAAGUGCUUCCUCUCUCAUUUCCAGGACCACAAUUCCCAGAGACUUCAGUUUCACGGCGGUUCUCUUCUUACUCUGUCUCUUCUUGAGCUGGCUGGGCUUCGGCCGGCCAGGAGGCGCACAGCGACGACGUGACCCCUCGUGACCGGACACACGGUUUCCUCAGCAGCCUGUUUUUCUCCUCACUCAGUUAUCCCUUUUACAGGCCGUGGCGGCUGGCCUGAGCGGUGACCUGGCGGGCCGCGCCUGCGCUCUGCCCCGUUUCCUGCCUGGCUGGUGGCGGCGGCCAUUUUGUUCAUCCUCCUCCUCCUCCUGCUCCUCCUGGUUGGAGCGCAGUGUCCGGAGCGGGCUGGGGGGAGAGAGGCCGAGAACAGGGUUCGGUGCCUUUUCCUCUGUCCCCAGCUGGUGUCCGGAACCCCCCUCCCCUUCCUCCCCACCCCCUCCCCUCCCCAACCCUGCCCUCCCCCUUGUCCCGGGAUCACUCCGUCGCACCCACCAUGAUGGAAGACGACGGGCAGCCCCGGACUCUAUAUGUAGGUAACCUCUCCAGAGAUGUGACAGAAGUCCUUAUACUUCAGUUAUUCAGUCAGAUCGGACCCUGUAAAAGCUGUAAAAUGAUAACAGAGCAUACAAGCAAUGACCCAUAUUGCUUUGUGGAAUUUUAUGAACACAGAGAUGCAGCUGCUGCAUUAGCUGCUAUGAAUGGGAGAAAAAUUUUGGGAAAGGAGGUCAAAGUAAACUGGGCAACAACACCAAGUAGCCAGAAAAAAGAUACUUCCAAUCACUUCCAUGUGUUUGUUGGGGAUUUGAGUCCAGAAAUUACAACAGAAGAUAUCAAAUCAGCAUUUGCCCCCUUUGGUAAAAUAUCGGAUGCCCGAGUAGUUAAAGAUAUGGCAACUGGAAAAUCCAAAGGCUAUGGUUUUGUAUCUUUUUAUAACAAACUGGAUGCAGAAAAUGCAAUUGUGCAUAUGGGAGGUCAGUGGUUGGGUGGUCGCCAAAUCAGAACCAAUUGGGCCACACGUAAACCACCUGCACCUAAAAGUACACAAGAAAAUAACACUAAGCAGUUGAGAUUUGAAGAUGUAGUAAACCAGUCAAGUCCAAAAAAUUGUACUGUGUACUGUGGAGGAAUUGCUUCUGGGUUAACAGAUCAGCUUAUGAGACAGACAUUCUCACCAUUUGGACAAAUCAUGGAAAUAAGAGUUUUUCCAGAGAAGGGCUAUUCAUUUGUCAGAUUUUCAACCCACGAAAGUGCGGCCCAUGCUAUUGUUUCGGUGAAUGGUACUACGAUUGAAGGACAUGUUGUGAAAUGCUAUUGGGGUAAAGAAUCUCCUGAUAUGACUAAAAACUUCCAACAGGUCGACUAUAGUCAGUGGGGUCAGUGGAGUCAAGUUUAUGGAAACCCACAACAGUAUGGACAGUAUAUGGCAAAUGGGUGGCAAGUACCGCCUUACGGAGUGUAUGGGCAACCAUGGAAUCAACAAGGAUUUGGAGUAGAUCAAUCACCUUCUGCUGCUUGGAUGGGUGGAUUUGGUGCUCAGCCUCCCCAAGGACAAGCUCCUCCCCCUGUAAUACCUCCUCCUAACCAAGCUGGAUAUGGUAUGGCAAGUUACCAAACGCAGUGAGCUGGGACUCUAAACAAAAUUGUAAUUCAUGAUAGCUUCAGUUUCCUGUGACACUCUGAAGACAUGGAAGUAGACAUCGGAAAAUGAAAAUAUUUAUUUUAAAAAUUGAAAUGUUUGGAACCUUUAGCACAGCUUUGCUUUGGUGAAGGACCCAUGUCUUCUAGUUCUGCCUUUUUAAGUUUUUGUUCAUGAUGGAUAUGAACAUGAUUUUUCUUUGUGUACAAAAACUAAAAUAAAGUCAAUAAAGACAAUUCUGACUACAAAUUUUGAUAUAAUAGGAGAAAUGGGUAAUUAAUACAUUUUGAUUAUUAGAUACUAUUCCAUUUUUAUCUUGCUGUUCAGUAUUUUAACUCACUGUUUUUAAAAGAGCAAAAAAGGGAGGAUUGUGAAAAACUGGGAAUCACAUAUAAGUUCAUCCUGAAUCUUGAUAUUCCCCUCCCCUACCCUGAGGUGGACCACAUUCGAAGUCAGCAGAAAAAAGUGUGAUGUUGAGAAGAAAUGCAUGGUUUUGAAGUCGCUUUGGAGGAAAUAUUUACUUUAUGCUUAAAGAAACUGAAGCCAGACUGAUAAAGAAAUUUUGCAACCUAAAUAAGGAACAGCAUUGUCUGAGUUACUUGAGCAAAUGUUGGUGAUCCACAUUAAGACAUAUUUUUAAGACUUUAAAAAGUGUUGAUUAUUAAAACUGUAGUAAAUUACAUUUCAUUUUUUGGGGGGGGGAUUCCAAGUAUGGUGUUUGUAUUAAAGUCAGACAGUCAUACUUGUGCUUUUACAUGAAGUUUAAACGAUAUACAUUGUAAAUAUUAACUACAGUGUUUAAAAAGCAUGCUUCAGCAUAGAAGUAGCAAUGUAAUUAUUUGAAGUAACACUUAACACACUCCACUGCAUUGAAUGCUGUGGGUUGAUAAGAAUGUUUAAGACUGACAUUUCCAAGGUUGGCUACUAUGUAAAAUUAAAAUUAUACAAAUUACUAUACAGAAAAAGCCUUAAUUUUAAUUUCAU